GGAAGACUCCGCAUGAAGAUACAUAUAAAUAUACCUAUAAGUACCAUGCUUCAACUUCACUGACAAUCAGAAAUUUAUCUCUUUCAGCUCAAUACUUUGGAGCUUCCUUGCACUGCACGGUAUACAAAUCUGAACGACCCACAACCUUCAUACGUGCGACUCUACGAUAAAAUGACCGUCAGCGAGAACCGGAAUAUCGCCAUUGUGGGAGUUGGAUCCCUCAUGUCCAAGUCUCUUGCGGUAUGGCUAGCGAGUCUGGGAUGGAAUAUCGCACUUGUGUCCCGUUCCGAAAAGAACCUUUCGGCCAUCGCUGAUGAGGUGCGCCAUGCCCAGAAAGGCAAGAAUGGCAAAGUUGUCUACAGGGCUGCCGACGCUAGUGAGCCUGAAACACUGAAGGCAACGCUUGACUGGUGUGUCCAACAACUCGGGGGCAAGUUGGACGUUUUGAGUUACAAUGCGGCCCGCGUUGCUUUGUCUAAUGUCACUGAAUUGACAGUCGACGAGCUGGACCAAGACUUCAAGGUGUCAGUGGUGGGCACCCUGGUUGCUGGUCAAUGGUUUUCCAACGGCAAUGCCAAAGUUGAUCGGAUUGCAGAGGGUGAAUGGCCACUUUUUCUCGUCACAGGUGGAGUCCUAGAUAAGGUGCCAGAACAAACUCUUGCCUCACUAUCUUGUGUCAAAUCGGCAUCUCAAACACUGAGUCGUUUGUUUGCCAAGGAUUUGCCCGAGAAGGCCAAUAUUCUAGUCGGCAUGCCGCUGAUCUCGGGACGUGUUGUCAGUCCGGGGGAUAGUGAGUACAAUCCGAAGUUUGAUACGGAAAAGAUUAUAUCGGAAGUGUUCAAGCCAUUCUUUGAGGAUCGCGAGAAUCAAUGUGAUGGAAAGACAGGAUGGACCGUUGAAAGGAUUCUCUAGGAACUAGAGGGUGCAAUGCUACCCUGUGCUACAAGGCGGUUUGUUGGUAAUAAGUGCGGAAGAGCAUUAUCCGGAUCUGUGG